AUGAAGACUCAAUCGCGGCAUUCCCCUGCCGCAGUCAGCCCUUAUUCCCACCACCACUCUCAUGGCUCACGUCCGCAUAGGGCCACCAAGCCCACCACCUCACCAGCAACCUCGCCGCGAGCGCCAUAUUCCGUCGGUCAAAAUUACCCGCCAAUGCUGUCUCCUACCAUGGCCGUAGAAAGUGCCCGGGCUCCAAGUCCCAAUUACUUUGGCCUGGUCAUCGAACCCAGCAAUGACCCCAGGGGGUCGUCUGCUCUAGCCAGAGAGAACUGGAGUCCUGGCUCGUCUGUCAAGUCCUUUGCCGCAGCGCUGCCAAAACAAAUCACCUUGGACCCGAAUCCCGAAUUCGAAGCCUUCAGGAAGGCUGCCGAUCUGAACAGGGGCAAGUCCUUCUCACUCGCCACAUCUCAUGUCAUGUUGCCGACCUCACACCCGACUCCUGUCCGGCCCCGACCGCCUAGGUGGCACACGUAUACAAGCGAUACUGGCUCCGAUGCCUCGUUUCCAAAGUCCAUCAGGUCCCUCAAGCCAAAACUGACAAGCAAGAGCGAGGUCGACCAUGACAGCCUUCACGACUCCGCCUAUGUUUCCUCGGAUUCGAAACGCAACUCGGAGUCGUCAUUAAUACCGCCAACCCAGAUCACGGCUUCGAUGCCUUUUGAGUCGCCUCGACAAAUCGAGACGCCUCAUCGGCGACCUCAUCAACCCCGAACAGACCCCCACGAUUCCCUUCUAUCCUUGACCCUGCCCCAACCGGAUCCCCCUUCACCCGAGCUGGCCAAUAUAACGCGUGCUACGACUCUACCGCCAAAGUUGGAAAUGGGUCCGUCAUCCAUGAUAUCCGGUAGUCAACUCCAAGCCUUGAUGGAAACCGUCGCCGAGGGCAAGAUGCUCUUGUUGGACAUCCGCUCUUCCCAGAGCUUUGCACACUCUCGCAUCCAGGGGGCAUUGAACCUGUGUAUACCAACCACACUGCUCAAGCGUUCAACUUUUGACCUCAAAAAGCUACAGCAAACAUUUCAGGGAAAUUUGGAUUCAGAGCACUUCUCUAAAUGGCGAGACACGGACUGGAUUGUAGUCUAUGAUGCGCAUGCGUCCGAUAAGCGCGACGCCGUUACAGCGCAGAAUAUGAUCAAGAAGUUUACCAAUGAGGGCUACCAAGGAAAUACUGCAAUUCUUCGCGGCGGAUUCACAAUGUUCAGCGCCAUAUUCCCCGAACUCGUCGACACUUCGUCGACCAAUCCACCAUCGUCUACACAGGAGAAUUGUGGCAAUACCAGCAAAAGCACGCUUGCUCCGGUCAUAGGCGGCGUCAAUCUCCCCAUGACCGGGAACGAUCACAACCCAUUCUUCUCUAAUAUCAGACAGAAUAUGGAUCUCGCCGAUGGUGUGGGCCAAUUUGAAAUUGGGCGACCCCAGGAUCUGGAAUCGCCAUUAUUGCCCACAUGGCUCCGCGAUGCAUCAUCCCGGAGUGAUCAUGGCAAAAAGGUCUCUAACAAGUUUUUAAACAUCGAACUCGACGAACAGUCACGCAUGCGGACUGCAUAUGCAGCCUUUCAACCUAACCAAAAGCCGCAAGACUGCAGGUUCCAAUUAUCAGGCGUUGAAAAAGGAACCAAGAACCGCUACAAGGACAUAUUGCCCUUUGAGCAUGCCAGAGUCCGGCUCAGGGAAACACGCAGCGGGUCGUGUGACUACGUCAACGCAAGCCACCUGUCUGCAUCAAGGAGCAAUAAGCGAUACAUUGCUACCCAAGGGCCACUGCCCGCGACGUAUGAGGACUUUUGGUCAGUCAUUUGGGAGCAAGAUGUCCGCGUCAUCGUCAUGUUGACGGCCGAGAGUGAAGGCGGCCAACUCAAGUGCCACCCGUACUGGAAAGGUAGAGAUUUUGGACCCAUCAGGCUGAAGGCAUUAUCGGAAAAGAAGGCUUCUCUAGACAUUGAUAAGCACCGAUCCGAAUCGAGCCCGACCCCCACCUCGUCCUCGUCCCAUGAGUUUGGACGCAAGCGCGCGAACACGACAACUACCUUUCCGUCAUCAAGUCCAGCAAGGGCACAAAGCCAGGGACAGUCAGAGACGCCAUAUGUCACGAUUAGAAAGUUUGCACUAUCUCAUGCCGCGCACCCUUUUGCGCCGAUUCGAGAAAUCACCCACCUGCAUUUUGCGGCCUGGCCAGACUUUGGAACUCCUGCUCAGCCGUCACACCUGCUAGCCCUGGUUGAACUCGCCAACGUGAUGCAGCGAGCCGCCAGGCCAGUGGAGACGACGUCAAUGGGCUCCAAGAUACCAACCAUUGACUCGAUCCCGGUAACCUGGUAUGAUGAACCGGAAGAGGACGCCAAUUCUCGGCCCAUGUUGGUACAUUGCUCAGCAGGAUGUGGACGCACAGGAGCUUUCUGCACAGUUGACAGCGUCAUUGACAUGCUCAAACGCCAGCGACAGGCCAAUGUCUCAGGGCCACAAACGAAAGACGGCGACGGCGACGUCAAAAUGAGCACUCACGACGAAUUCGCUUUCCCAAUGACGACCAAGGAUGGCGCCUCUCGAGGCUUCUUGGAUAGAGUCACGGGUGGCCAUAAUUCACAGACAUGGGAGUCAUUUGACAUGGAUACGACUUGGAUACGAGACGACGGCGUGGAUUUGAUCCAAAAGACAGUUCAAGAUUUCCGAGAACAAAGGCUUAGCAUGGUCCAGAGUCUUAGGCAGUACGUGCUGUGUUACGAAACCAUUCUGGAAUGGCUCAAUAGGAUGCAAGACAAGACCUGGAGUAGUAUGGGAGGUCGGGUACGAAGCGGUAGUCUCCAACAAGUGAGGAGCUGA